AUGGCGUGCGGGCCGCUGGUUUGUGAUUUCUGUUUUAAUCUUGUUGGGGAUUUUUUCUUUCUCCAGCUUCGAACAGUUGAGAAGCGCACAGAAGCAGAAUAUAUUUGCUCGCUGGCGGUCCGGAAGACGCACUCUUCUCUGCAGCAAAAAAUUUUUCGUCUGAAUUUCGUCUCUUUUCGACACUCUAUUCACCGUCUGUACAUUUCUGCAAGCUGUGCCAGCGCCCCGGUUACAAAAGGUAAGGAGGAAGCGAGUGGUGUACUCUUUCUACACAUUACGAAACCAUGGUUCCGCGAAACAAAGUUCUACGACGUGCUGGGCGUGUCGCCCAAUGCUACGGAUUCCGAGAUCAAGAAGGCGUACCGGAAGCUUGCGCUCAAGUACCACCCGGACAAGAACCCUAAUGCCGGCGACAAGUUCAAGGAGGUGUCGCAUGCCUACGAGGUCCUGUCGGACGAGCAGAAGCGCCAGAUGUACGACCAGUUCGGCGAGGCUGGCAUGAACGAGGGCGGCGGCGGCAUGGGCGGAAUCAACCCCGAGGACCUGUUCUCGCAGUUCUUUGGUGGCGGCGGCGGUAUGUUCGGUGGUGGCGCCCGCCGCGGACCGAGCGGACCGCGCCGCGGUCGCGACAUGUCGUACACGCUGAAGGUGUCGCUUGAGGAGCUGUACAAGGGCAAGACCUCGAAGCUGCAGGUGACCAAGAACGUGAUCUGCGUGACGUGCGACGGCAAGGGCGGCAAGGACGGUGCUGUCCAGGAGUGCCGCCAGUGCCACGGCCAGGGCAUUGAGGUGGUGAUCCGCCAGAUGGGCCCGAUGGUCCAGCAGAUCCAGCAGCAGUGCCGCCGGUGCGGUGGAGCUGGCGAGGAGAUUGACGAGCGCAACAAGUGCAAGAAGUGCAGCGGCCGCAAGACCACAACCGAGCGGAAGCAGCUCGAGGUGCACAUUGAGAAGGGCAUGCGCGAGGGCCAGAAGGUCACGUUCCCAGGCGAGGCCGACCAGGCGCCCGGUGUUGUGCCCGGCGACAUCGUCAUUGUUGUUGACGAGAAGGAGCACCCCCGGUUCAAGCGCCGCGGCGACGAUCUGUUCUAUGAGGCUGAGGUUGACCUCGUCACCGCCCUGGCUGGCGGCAACGUGCACAUCCAGCACCUCGACGAGCGCGUGCUGAACGUGGCCAUUCUGCCGGGCGAGGUCAUCAAGCCGGGAGAGGUCAAGGCCGUGGUGGGCGAGGGUAUGCCGUCGCACCGCCACCACAACAUGGGCAACCUCUACAUCAAGUUCAGCAUCCGCUUCCCCGAGAACAACUGGACCACGGAGGAGAACAUCAAGCAGCUCGAGGCCCUGCUGCCCCCGCGGCAACCGCUGCCGGCUGUGCCCAAGGGAUACGCCGAGGAGGAGGUUGUGCUCUCUGUGCUCGAUGCCAGCCAGCAGAGCCGCAUGGAGAACGGCGCCGAGGACAUGGACAUGGAUGACGAGGAGGGCCACGGACACGGCGGCCCUGGUGUCCAGUGCGCCCAGCAGUAA